AUGUAUAAUAAAAUACAAGAAUAUUUUAUCAUCUACAAGGACAAAGUGAAGAUAAAUUACAGAGUGAAGAUUAUUAUCAACUUAAAGAAUAUUAAGAGACUAUAUCAUUUAUGUAAAUAUAAUGAAAUAAAUGAAGUAUACAAUAGUUAUUCAACAUUUCAUGAAUUAAAAAGGGAUUUCGUGAAUGGGAAGUUCAAAUUGAACACUGAAAAAAUCAAAGAGAUUGUUAUUUAUGGGAAAACAACAGUUCCUAUUAAUACUGACCUUCGAGGUUGUUUAGUAUCGAAUUGUAUACUUCAUAAGACAAAAUGGCGUUCAUAUUAUGCUGAAAUGGUUAUUAUUACCAAUGGUAAUUUUCCAAAAGUUAAAAAUCAUCAAAAUCAAGCUUGGUUAGCAUAUCAUUAUGAAGCGCCUCCACAUAGUCGUUUAAAUAAACUAUUAGGUGAGAAAAUUAAUUUCACCGCCACAUAUAGACUUGAUUCAACAAUACACUUACCAUAUGGAAAAGUGAUAGAAAAUCUUGAAUAUCAUCAAAAGCUUUAUACUAAUGAUGAUAAUGGUCGUAGUAUUAGUACUGGUAAUUUGUUUAAACCACGAAAUAUAUCUGCAUUAAAGAAUAAAACUGUAGCAUGGAUUGUAAGUAAUUGUCAUCCGAACAGUCCAAGAAAUUUAUACGCCUAUGAAUUAUCGAAAUAUAUCACUGUUGAUGUAUACGGUAAAUGUAGCCAACGAGAAUGCCAAGAUUCAAAAUGUCAUAAAAUGUUAAAAGAACAAUAUAAGUUCUAUUUAAGUUUUGAAAAUUCUCUUUGUCAGGAUUAUAUUACUGAAAAAUUUUUUAAAAAUGCUCUAAUGAAUGAUGUUAUACCAGUCGUAAUGGGUGCAUCAAUUGAAGAGUAUAAAAGUGUAGCACCACCAAAUUCUUUCAUACAUGUUGAUCAAUUUUCUAGUCCAAGACAAUUAGCUAAAUAUUUACAUUAUCUGGAUAAAAAUCAUACAGCAUUUAAUGAAUAUUUCAUUUGGCAAAAUAAAUGGAAAGUAUUAUUAUUCCCUGAACGACCAGAAUGUGAUUUUUGUUUGUUGGCUAAUGCUUUGCCAAAUCUCAAACCAUCUUGGUAUAUUGAUGUUAAUUCAUGGUUUGACAGGGGUUGUCAAGGAAGGAGGCUAAAAUGGAAAGGCAGAUUUAUUGGAAGAAACGUAGGAAAUCAAAAAGAUUUCUCUGCGGCUAUUUGGUUCUCCACAUUGAAACAACAAAAUCUUUUAACGACAUCGACCAAUUCACAAAUGAAUUAA